CUUUGGUUCAUGUGUAUUGCAUCCAAGCAUUUGAAAAAAAAGUGUUAUUCAUGCGACAUGCUAACCUGUUUAUUAUCUACAGCUUAAAAUAUUUCCUCAUAUCAGAUGCACUGGACAAAAAGAGAUUUGCAAUCCGUGAUUGGCCACAUGGAAUCAGCAGAUAGAAUUGCAUAAGACUCUGAGCAUUAAAAGAUAAAGCAAGAUUAACAGUGCAGCACCAAUUAGUGUUGAAUGAGUUUGGAGUUAUAUAAUUUCAUCCUGUAAAAGUGGCCAGGGCCUCUAAAUUCACGCUAAUGCUCUGAUAUUUAUGCAAAUGCUAGAAAAGAAUGGAGGGAGAAAAUCUCUAAGCAGAUUUUUUUAUGAACAAUGACUGUUCUGGCUUUGAAUAACACACAGUUUUUGCGAAAGAGCGAAUAAAUGAUCUUAUUUCAGAAGAAAAUUGUAAUGCAUUGAAUAUUAUACAGUCAAAUCCAAAUAAAGUUACUGCACCAAAUUGUCAAGGUAUGAAAUCUGUUACGGUUUCAUGUAAUGAGGUCAGCCAAGUGCAUCUUAAGUGUUCAUUAAAUGGACAACUGUUUACCUGUGAAAUAAUGGCAUUAGCCUGACCCAGACUUUGAAAGCUUGACCUUAUUUUACUCAUGCUGUGACGACAGGGCUGCGAGGACCAUAAUCCAAAGGGAAUGUAGACUUUUUAUUGCUUAAAAUGUUUUCAGCAAAACUAAAGUGGUCAAAAACAUUGAGACUAAAUAAACUAGUUAAUGGUGGAACAAAGGCUAAACUUUGCAAUCAAUAUACAGUACUUAAGCAUUUUGUCUAAUGAUGCAAUUUCCUUACAAACCCAAACAUUACAAUUUGAUCAUCAUGUAUCAUCUGUCAUCACCCUCGUGUCAUUACAAACCUGUAUGAAACACAAAUUUUAAACUCUUUUUCUCCAUACAGUUAACAUCAAUGGGGUCCAAAACAAUGGAACCUAUUGACUUUCAUUGUGUGGGCACAAAAAAGUCAUACGUGAGAUUUGGGUGUGAACCUACCCCUUAAAUUCAUGAUGAAGCUGCGUAUUUACAGAGAUUUGAUAUCCUCUCCGACAAUUAUUGAUUUUUAUCUGUGAUUGCAUUGCUGAUGCACUUCAGAUAAUGCGAUUAAAGGUUUAUUCAGAGCAAAAGCCUCUUAUGUGGUUGCUGUUGUCAAAAACCUAGUAGAGAAAACAGAGUCCCAUUUAACAACGGACCUCUUCACCAAAUGAAUGGAAAAUGAUGGCAGGGACUGUAAGAGUUUUUGCCUUGAUCAUAGUUGUGUGUCAGGUCCGGCUCAUCGAUGCAUCGUUUCAGCCUGCACUUGUCAUGGACAUGGCUAAAAUUCUGCUUGAAAACUACUGCUUCCCAGAGAAUCUAGUUGGAAUGCAGGAGGCAAUCCAACAAGCCAUAAGCAGCGGAGAGAUCCUGCACAUCUCUGACCGGAAAACACUGGCAGCUGUACUAACUGCCGGCGUUCAAGGUGCACUCAAUGACCCCAGACUGACCGUGUCUUACGAGCCUAAUUAUAUUCCGAUCACGCCACCUGCACUUCAGUCGCUGCCCAUGGAUCAACUGAUGCGGCUAAUCAGGAAUACAGUUAAACUAGAGGUGAUGGAUAACAACAUCGGUUAUCUGAGGAUUGACCGUAUUAUAGGUCAGGAGACUGCGGCCAAAUUGGGACGCCUCCCUCAUGACAACAUCUGGAUGAAGGUUGCCCAUACAUCAGCGAUGAUCUUUGAUUUGCGUUUUAGCACAGCAGGAGAGAUCUCAGGUGUGCCAUACAUAGUUUCAUAUUUUUCUGACUCUGAACCACUUUUGCACAUAGACACAAUCUAUGAACGACCCCCCAACACUACAAAGGAGCUAUGGACACUUCCGAAUCUCCUGGGUGAACGAUACGGGAAGAGAAAAGAGCUGAUCGUUUUAAUCAGCAAGCGCACCACGGGAGCAGCAGAAGCUGUUGCCUACAUCUUAAAACACCUAAGAAGAGCCAUCAUUGUUGGAGAAAAGUCGGCCGGUGGGUCGGUUAAGGUUGAAAAGUUAAGGGUUGGGGAUUCUGGGUUUUAUAUAACGGUCCCGGUUGCUAGAUCUGUGAACCCCGUCACAGGACAGAGUUGGGAAGUGACCGGGGUGUCACCAUCCGUUACCGUCAACCCAAAGGAAGGAAUCGCCAAAGCCAAAUCCCUCAUCGCUGUCAGGAAAUCAAUACUGAAAGCAGUUAGAAGAGUGUCAGAUAUCAUUAAACGAUUUUAUGCAUUUAGAGAUAAAAUCCCAGCUUUGCUAAACCAUCUUGCUAAAACAGAUUUUUUCCCAGUGAUUUCUGAAGGGGAUCUGGCGGCAAGACUUAAUUAUGAGCUGCAGUCUGUCUUUGAAGACCCUCGAUUAAAUAUCAAGACUUUGCAAGGGUCGUCUGACAAAGGGCAUGAACUGGAUGCAACAUCCACAACCCCUUCAUCUUUUGACAAUCUACAUAUUCCAUUAUUCAAGUUGGAAAUUCUAUCAGGAAACAUUGGAUAUCUGCGUUUUGACAGAUUCCCUUCACCUACAGUUUUGAAGGAACUAGAGGAUCAAAUCACAGAGAAGGUCUGGCAACCAGUCAGAGACACAGAAAACCUGAUUAUCGAUCUGCGCUUUAACACCGGAGGAUCCACCGAGGCCUUGCCCAUUCUGCUUUCCUACAUGUUCGACGCCUCAUCAAAUACCCACCUCUUUUCAAUCUACGACAGCAUUCGAAAUGUGACCGUUGAUUUCCACACCCUCCGUGACAUCAUCGGGCCUUCCUAUGGUUCCAGAAAGGGUAUUUAUGUUUUGACUAGCUAUUACACAGCGGAAGCUGGAGAAGAGUUUGCUUACCUGAUGCAGUCCUUGCACAGAGGCACUGUUGUUGGAGAAAUCACUUCUGGAAUGCUCCUUCACUCCAUAACUUUUCCAAUUGAAGAAACAAGCCUUGGAAUUACCGUCCCUGUCAUGAAUUUCAUUGAUAUACAUGGGGAAUGCUGGCUUGGAGGCGGAGUAGUUCCUGAUGCCAUCGUGCUUGCAGAAGAUGCAGUCGAGCGAGCUCAUGAAAUCAUUGCGUUUCACAAGGAUAUUCCGGCUUUGGUGCAAGAAGCUGGAGGUCUUUUGGAAAAACAUUACACUGUACCUGAUGUUGCAGCUAAAGUGAGCAGACAGGUACAGUCAAAACUAAUGGAAGGACUUUAUCGCUCUGUCGUCGAUUAUGAAUCUCUUGCAUCUCAACUCACCGCUGAUCUCCAGGAGACCUCGGGUGAUCACAGACUGCACAUUUUUAACUGUGAAAUUGAGCCAGAAUCCCUUCAAACAGUUCACAAAAUCCCUUCUCCUGAAGAGGUAGGGUUCAUUAUUGAUGCCCUAUUCAAAGUAGAGGUAUUGGCUGGAAAUAUUGGCUAUUUGAGAUCCGACAUGAUGGAAGACAUUCAAGUUCUGCGAGCAAUUGGUCCCGAGCUUGUCAAAGUUGUAUGGAACAAGCUGGUGAACACAGACAUGCUCAUCAUUGAUCUGAGAUAUAACACAGGUGGCUAUUCCACGGCUGUUCCACUACUUUGCACUUAUUUCUUUGAUGCACAACCAUUGAAACACCUUUAUACUAUUUUUGAUCACUCCGAAAGAAAUGCGACAAAGGUUAUGACCCUUCCCCAUGUGCUAGGACAAAGGUACGGCUCUCAUAAAGACAUCUAUAUCCUGACAAGUCACAUAACUGGAUCAGCCGCUGAAGCAUUUGCUAGAACAAUGAAAGACCUGAAAAGGGCCACUAUUAUUGGAGAGCCUACUAUCGGAGGUGCCCUCUCAAGUGGAACAUAUCAAAUUGGGAAUAGCAUCCUGUAUGCUUCCAUUCCCAACCGAGCAGUUUUGAGUGCAGUUUCUGGAAAAGCAUGGAGUGUGUCUGGUGUUGAACCACAUAUAGCAGCUCAAGCAAGUGACGCACUUAAUGUUGCACAGAAAAUAAUUAGCCUCCGUGCUGAAAUCCCAGGGUUGGUUCAAGCGGCAGCCGAACUGGUUGCAGACAACUAUGCAUUUCCGAGCAUCGGGGACUUUGUUGCUGAAAAGCUGAGAGCUGUUGCGGCUAGUGGGGAAUACAACCUGAUCCCCACAAAGAAAGAACUGGAAGCAAAGCUCUCUGCUGACCUCCUAAAACUGUCAGGAGACAAGUGUCUGAAGGCCACCAGCAAUAUCCCCGCACUUUCUCCAAAGAAUCUCACGCCUGAGAUGUUCCUUGAGCUCAUCAAAGUGUCGUUCCACACUGAUGUGUUUGAAAACAACAUCGGUUACCUUCGCUUUGACAUGUUUGGAGACUUUGAACAUGUUGCUAAGAUCAUUGCGGAGCACGUCUGGAAUAAAGUGGUUGAUACUGACGCACUGAUCAUUGAUUUGAGGAACAAUCUUGGUGGGUCCACCUCCUCCAUUGCUGGCUUCUGCUCAUACUUCUUUGACGAAGGCAAGCAGAUUGUGCUCGACCACGUGUACGACAGACCCUCCAAUACCACAAGAGAUCUUCUGACCCUUACACAACUCACUGGCAGGAGAUUCGGCAGCAAAAAGAGUGUGUUAGUCCUCACCAGUGGUGUGACUGCUGGUGCCGCCGAGGAGUUUGUUUUUAUCAUGAAGAGGCUGGGACGUGCAAUGAUUAUUGGAGAGACAACCCAUGGAGGCUGCCACCCCCCAGAGCCCUUCAGUGUUGGUGAAAGCGGCAUCUUUCUAUCUAUCCCAAUCAGCCAUUCAGACACUGCUCAGGGCCCUUCCUGGGAGGGUGCUGGCAUUGCUCCUCACAUUCCAGUGCCCGCUGAUGCCGCCCUCGACACAGCGAAGAGCAUCCUCAAUAAGCAUUUUUCUGGCCAAAAAUAAGUUGUUCUUCAUGGCCUGGUAUGGAAGUCGAAUGAUACUGAAAAUUAGUCAUUUAGAAGGAUGACAUGUAGUGAAGAUACUGUCAUAAUCUGUGUACAGU